UAUAGUCAUCACUACGAAAACGAUAAUUCCUAAACACGGUGCUUAAUCAAUAAGGAAACCCUGUAAACAAGAAUCGGCAUCUCAAAACCCUAAUUCGAAGAAAAUCCCCCCUUUAAAUUGCGAUGCAGAGGCAGAUUACUCUCUCAACAAUCUUGCUAUCACAUACUCUACUCCUUUCACUCUUCUUGAUUUCAUCAAUGGCGGCCGAUUCAUCAUCUUCCGAUGCCAAAGUCCACAUAAUUUACACCGAGAGACCCGAAGGCGUGGAGCCGGAGCAGUAUCACAUCAGAACCCUCGCCUCUGUUCUCGGAAGUGAGGAUGCUGCAAAGGAUGCUUUGAUAUAUAGUUACAAGCAUGCUGCGAGUGGUUUUUCAGCCAAGCUUACUCCUCAGCAGGUUGCUGAGCUCUCAAAACAAGCCGGUGUUCUUCAGGUUGUCCCGAGUCAGACUCUCCAGCUGCACUCUGGAACUGGGAAGCUUCAUGUUUAAAUGAUCGACUCAUAUGAUAUGGUUUGCUCAGUGGACAACCUUUGCAUCUACAGUGUGUCAAACUUGCCUAAUCUAAAUAAAUUGCAUUUUGUGUGCAUUAGUAUAUAACUACUGUAAACCAUACUACUAUAGUGUGACAUUUGUGGGAAAUAUGUCUUUUAACUAAGCAUAUAAAAUAGUGGCUGUGUUUCUUGAGAAA